AUGGUGUGGAUUCCACAACGAUCACGGCCAUACACGGAAGACUGCGUAGCCUUAAGGUUGGAAGUAGCCGAGCUCCUCAAGAAGGGUUACCUAAGGGAGUUCCUCUCGGAUAAGGCCAAGGAUCUCCUUAACAGAGAAGGCCCCGCUCUCCCCAAUGAAGCGGUUCCUGCGCUACCUACACCGCAAGAACGAGUGAUCCACGUCAUCUCCGGAGGAUCAGAAGUAAGCGGGAUCAGCAGCGCCGCAGCCAAACGAAGUACUCGCAAUGCUAGAAACGGUCGAGAGACUGACAUUCCCAAGCGCCCACUCUUGGGAACGGAUGAAAUCAGCUUUACUGCGAGGAAGCAGGAACAAGUCCUUGCUCCCCAUCAUGACGCCCUCGUUAUCUCGCUUGUUAUAGCCAACUGCCUGGUUAAACGAAUAUUGGUAGACAAUGGCAGCUCCAGCAACAUUAUCUUCCACUCGGCCUAUAUGGAUUUAGGGCUAGACCCUAAAACGUUAACCAGGAAAGCGGUCCGCUCGUGGGAUUUAGCGGAGAGGUGA